AUGGAGACUGAUGAGAGGCGGCCAGACGGCGGCGGCGGCGGCGGCGGUGGUGGUGGUGGUGGUGGUGGUGGAAUGAAAACGUCGUCCCGGCUGAACAACAACAACAACAGUAGGAGGCGGCUGCGGGAAAACACGGGGCGCCUAGACAAGGAGCGACACCUGGCGUCAUCGCCAGAGUCUGACUCCAGCAACGCGGACCUCUCCAAGGAAAACCAAGCGGGUUCCCCUUGUUCUACCUCUCUUCUCACUCUGGGCAUCUCGGGGUCAAGCCGAGAAGCGAGAAACAAGGCAGAAAAACACAGACGGGACAAGAUCAACAAUUUCAUCAGUGUGCUGAGUGAGAUUGUGCCCACCAUCACAAUGGCCAACAAGAGGAUGGACAAGACGUCCAUCUUGAGAUUGGCGGCCAACUACCUUCGCAUCAUUCAAUCAGGACUGACCAAGUACAAAAAAAGUGGACCUCGGAUACGUUGGGAUAUUUGCCUGAAGCAUUGCAUGGAGGACGUGUUCUUGUUGGUGGUUCUGGGCUCAGGAAAGAUCAUGGUUGUGACUGAGAACGUGGAACAGCUCAUAGGACACUCACCAUAUGACCUGAUGGGGCAGCCCAUAGACUUCCUAGUGCACCCAAAGGACCAGGAGAAGGUGCAUUCUUACCUCAAACUGCCAGAAGAUGGUGGAGACGAGGAAGCAUCAGGCAAGACCCCUUUGUCGACACCAUCAGCGCCAUCUUCCUCGUCAUCCACGUCGACGUCGUCGUCAGUGUCGGUGUCGGUGUCGGCAAGUGACGACUGGGCCCUGGUGGCAGUUGUCAGCCCUGUCAAGAGUUUCUAUGAGGACCAUAUCCCACUCAUGUAUGCCAGCCACGACCAGUACAGAACCCGGCAUUCCAUUGAUGGAACCAUGAUUGAAAUCGACCAAAGGAUAUCCACUGUAGCAGGAUACUCAGUCCAAGAAGUCCUCAACAUGAAUGCCUUCAACUACAUUUAUGAAGAAGAUGCUACCUACACUCAAUUGCUGUUCAAGAGAAUGUUGCAAAAUCCUGAGGGAGCAGGAAUGGUGACCUACAGACUCAACACCAAGUCUGGAGAAGCUGUUUAUUUGAGAAGCAGUGGAAGGUUGGAGUUCAACAGGACCACCCAAAAGGUGGAGACCUAUUCUGCCAUCCACACCCUGCUUCAGGACAAGGAAGGAGCAGAGGAGGCAGAGAAGCAGAAGCAGGAAGUGGCCCACCUCAUCCCACCACCAGCACCACCACCACAAUCAGCAACAGCACUGGUGGUGCAAACCAGGACCACCACAACCACAACCACCACCACAAUCAUCAAAGAGCCCCAGGAAGUGAUCCUCAAUGCAUUUGUAGCAGACUUUCCCCAGGCAUCUUCCCCCUCUACCUCCAGCUCCACCACCAGAGGUCACCACCUGAGUGGAGACAGUGUCCCAUCCUCUGGGGCCUCAGAUGGAGAAGACUUCUUUGACCUGGGGUGUUGUGAGGCCAAGAAGGCCAGGUAUUCCUUUGAUGGGGAUGCCUACAGGGCCAUGUUGAUGAGUCCUCCUUCAGCUGGGGGUGGGGAUGCCUUUGCAGCCAUCUUUGACUCAUUCCCUGAGCCUGGGGAAGAGGUGGAGCACAAGACUGAUCUCUGCUUCUCACCCUUUGGAUUAUGAGGGGACUCCAUCUUUCUUUUUUUUUUGGAGGCACAACACUCACUGUGUGUGUGUGUUUUUGUCUGUUGAAGCCAUUUUGUAAACUACUCUUUUUUCCCAAUGAAAAGAAGAUGGAUACAAAAAAAUGGGGAAAUUGUUGGAACCAGUGGACUUCCAAGAAACAAACAAAAAAGUAAUCCAACCCCCCUUUUAUUUAAAAAACAAAAACAAGGGAAAUUUGGCAACAAAUGAACAAAUUCAGCUUCCAGCCACUUUGUUUUAAUGUUGGUUUCCAUGUUUUACAUCAAGUUUUUCACAGGAGAGGGAAAUUUGUGGAUUAUUGUUGCUCAAGUUGAGGGAAAACUGAAAACUGAUGACUGGACAAUAAGGCCCGCCCCCUUUUUUCCUUUGAGAUUGUUGUUGCAGAGAUGUUUUUUUUUCUUUGUUGUUGUAUAUUUUCGAUUUGGAUAAUAUGAUCAAUUUACUGAUAGGUCCUGGGAUGCAAGACUCCCAACAGCAACAAAUGUUUGCAGUCUGGGGGUAUUUGUACAAGGGUUCCUCUUUUUCCUCUUGUUAUUCCUUGGAAAUGAUCUCACUAAUUGAUUGAUCUCCCACCAGUUCUCCUGUUGUGUGCCUAUAUUGGGUUUUUAUUUUAUUUAAAAAAAAAGCAAGAAAGAUGGCUUCUUGUCAGAACCAGAAUCAAAGUUGCAGGGUCUUUUUACUCACACAGGCAGAAGGGUUUCUUAGGGUCUCUCUCUCUUUUUUAGUGUUUCUUUGAGAAAGAAACAACAGCCCUUUCUUUUUUUUUCUUUUGAUGAAAAUGCCAAGGGAUGUGGUUCUUAACAACAUACCUCCCACAUGCGGGCCUUCGUUUGAUUUUGUUUGUAUGAGAAAAUCAUGUGCUUUUUGUUUCCCUGGAUUGAUCAAAUCCCGGUUUCCAGGGACUUGGAGCGACACCUAUGACUGAGUGGCUGGCGCGGGUGAUCAGUCUAGAUGAGAUUUAUUCAGUGUAGAUGUCGCUUGGUGCACAAGAAUUUCAAUUCACCUCAUCACUUUUGAGUGCUCAAAAAAAAGACGUUUUUAGCUGGUGGACUGUAAAGAAUUUAAAAAAAGAACCCACGGCUGUGAGAGGCGACAUCUAGGCGCAAGAAAACAACCCCGGUGUAUA